AUGCCUUCAAUUUUCUCUCUGGUUCUUGCCAGCCUAAUGGUCUCUCCCAUUCUGUCCAGCAUCUCGUCUCCCGCCUACCUCCCGUUCGAACUCGAGAAGCGCGACGGCUGCGGCGAUUCCUACUGCAAUUGCCAUCGCGCUCAGUGUAUACUUGACUUCUGCUUUGAUGACCACGUCGACCCCUGGAUUCUCGUUGAUAGUGCUAUGUAUAAAUACUACGGAGUCGACUGCGGCCAAUUCGACUGGUGGGCACGCUACGACCCUGCACAGUGGUGCAACAAUGGACUGCGCAAGGCACGUGCUCUCUUCUACAUCAACCGCCGGUUUGGCUCAACGGGCGAUACCUUCAACAUCAAGUACAGCAACGACAACGCGACCGACCCGCACCGUGGCUCAGUUUCCGGCACCUGCCACCCUGUGGGGUCCGUCAAGUGUGAUUGCCACUCCAAAUACAACUCCACGUUGCAUGACUGCUCGAGCACAUGCUCUUAG